AUGAACGUCGAAUAUAUGAAAAAGAAAGCGCAAGCGCUUGAACUAUUAUUACGUUUGCUUCCAGAAGAUUGCUAUCGAUCUUGCUCAAUCAAUGACCUCAGAUUAUGGUGGACCGGAAAUUCUUGGAGUAUUAAAAUGGGUAUUGAGAAUUCAAGAGAUGAUAUGCCUACUUCUGUAUUUCUCAUUACAGUUGGGAAAGUUUAUAUAAUGUUGUACAAGUUGUAG